AUGGCCAGCGGCGCGGACAAGCUUCACAAGGGUGAUGACCACACCGACAACUUCACCAUGAUGCAGUACUUUGAGUGGUACUGCCCCGCUGGCGGAGUGCAUUGGAAGCGCUAUGCCGAUGAUGUCGAGCACCUCAGGGACGUGGGCAUCACCGCAUGCUGGCUUCCUCCACCGACCAAGGGUUCCAACCCUGAGGGUACGGGCUACGACAUCUACGACCUCUGGGACCUCGGCGAGUUCGACCAGAAGGGGGCCAAGGGCACCAAAUGGGGCACCAAAGAGGAGAUGCUUGCGGGAGUCAAGAAGGCCCGCGAGGCCGGCAUCAUCACGUAUAUCGACGCGGUACUCAAUCAUAAGGCUGGCGCAGACAAGACAGAGGAGUUCAUGGCUACCAUGGUCGACCAGAACAACCGUAACAAGACCGUCGGCGAGAUGCACAACAUCCAAGGUUGGACCAAGUUCACCUUCCCCGGCCGGGGCGACGAGUACUCGAAGCUCAAGUGGAACUUCAACCACUUCACGGGAGUCGACUACGACGACAAGACCAAGACCAAGGCGAUUUACAAGAUCCAAGGCGAAGGCAAGAGCUGGGCGAGAGACGUCGACGACGAGCACGGCUCGUACGACUAUCUCAUGUUCGCGGACAUUGAUCACCAUCACCCCGAGGUCCAGGAGGACCUGAAUAACUGGGGUGAUUGGGUGCUCAAGGAGACUGGGGCGUUUGGCUUCCGCUUCGACGCUGUCAAGCACAUCUCCCGCGACUUCAUCGGCCAGUUCGUCAAGCACAUUCGUCGCGAGGGCGGCGGCCACCCCUCAGCGUUUUGCGUUGGCGAGUUCUGGAAGGACUCCGCCGAGGCCCUUGGCGAGUACCUUGACGGCCUCGGCACGCAGUUCUCCGUCUUCGACACUCCUCUCCAGGGCAACUUCAAGGAGGCAGGCGACGGCAAGGAGCACUAUGACUUGCGCAAGAUCUUUGACGGCUCGCUCGUCCAGGCGCGCCCCGUUGACGCUGUCACCCUCGUCGACAACCACGACACCCAGGUUGGUCAGGCACUCCAGAACUGGGUUCCUGCCUGGUUCAAGCCUCUUGCAUACUCGCUCAUCCUCCUCCGACCCGAUGGCUACCCCUGUGUCUUCUUCGGCGACAUGUAUGGCUGCGAGGGCGAGAACCCCCAGCCUGCCGUUGCGCAGCUCGGUGACAUCAUCCGCGCCCGCAAGCUGUUCGCUUACGGCGAUCUCGUCGACCACUGGGACCACCCCAACUGCGUCGCGUGGCUCCGCAAGGGCGACGACCAUCACGACGGCUGUGUGACUGUCAUCUGCAAUGGCACGGACGAGGGUGCGAAGCGCGUUGAGGUCGGCAAGGAGCACGCGGGCGAGAAGUGGACUGACCUGCUCGGCUGGCACAGUGCUGAGGUGACGAUUGGUGAUGACGGCUGGGCCGAGUUCUUCUCGCCCACCCAGAGCAUCUCGAUCUGGACCAAGUCGGACGCGCGCGGCCGCAACGAGUUCAAGAAGGAUUAG